AUGGCAGAUACCACAGCAGCAGCAGCACAAUCAUCUGCCUACCUAGCAGCCCAAACCGCCUCCCUCGAAUCCCAAACUCCUGUUGCCCCUUCCUCUGCCCGCGCUGCCCAGGUCCCCCUCCAGAACUUCGAUCUCCCCGUAUUUCCCCAAGAAGCCUUCACCUCAGGCUUAACAUCCCUAAUCCUAACCUCCGACAUCAAACUCGAUGAAUACACCUCUCUCCUCGACCAGGCAUUCUCCAUCCCCCCACUACCGCCCAGCAUCACGAGCUUAACCCUGGAGCUAUUCUCGCUCGGAUACCCGCCUGCGUUCCUAUCCGAGCUCGGAAAAGCACUACCGAAUCUAAAAGCAUUGACGCUGUACUCCCAGCUUUUCGGCGGGACAACCGAACACUCCCGGGAUGACGCCGUUGCGUUCCUGAAAUCCCAGAAGGGGUUAAGAGAGAUUCAUUUCUUGGAUGUUUUCACGUCCCCAGGACUCAUGGGACGGCUGGCUGAGUCGCUUGGUGAUGAUGUCAAGUUUGUGGAGCUGAGUUAUACAUUCAGGCACUCGGAUCCGGUCGGGUUUAGAGGUUCUUUGCCUGUUACGGAACUCGAGAAUCUGGUGAGGAAGGGAUUGGUUGCUUUGACGGUGGGGAUUGUUGCCCCUGACGUGACGCCUGAUGAGGAGGAUAGGGAGGGAACGGAGGUGGGCAUUGUCCCUGUUGUGCAGAAAGAUGGGAAGGGCCUGGUGGAGAGAUUGAAGGGCGGGGAUGGGGACGAGUUGGUCAUGCUGGAUAUUACGAUGGUUGAGGUUGGCGUGGAGGAUGUCAAGAGUAUUUUGGAGAAGUGCAAGAAACUGAAGGUUUUGUCUGUGAGUGUGGGGCUGGUGACGGGAUGGGAUGAGGUUUUCGAGGGUUUGAAGAAGGACUUGGCUGGCCUGGAAAUGCUAGAAUUGGUGGGCGUUCCAGGAGAGGGGUUGGUAGAUAAGCUGACAGCUGGGGAGCAAGGGGCGGGCCAAUUGACCGCAGAGAUGCUGACAAAGGUAUCCGAGGUUUGUCCCGAGCUCAGUAGUGUGAAGACAAGUAUUUUAAGGACAAAGGGGGAACAUUGGAUGAGAGAGAGUGGAGGAUCUUGGAAAAAGCAAGCUUAG